CUUUGACAUGCGUCACAAAACCAGCAUGGCAGCUGAUUGUGGUUCUGUGGAUUUUCCUGUGAGUGUUGUCCUUCCAGCGGCGGGCAGUGGCGAAAGGAUGGGGCUAGCCAUACCCAAACAGUUCUGCUCUGUCCUGGGCAGACCACUUCUAUACUACACACUACAAGCUUUCCUCAGUGUGGGUUGGGUGCGAGAAAUCAUCGUGGUCGUCUCUCAAGACUGGCUACAGGAAACGUCAGAUAUCUUGCAGCACUUCCCAACACCAAGCAGACGCAAGGUUACUGUAGUGUCCGGUGCUCCAACCAGACACAGAUCAAUAUGGAAUGGCCUAAAGGCUGUAGGUACCGGUACAGAUGUGGUUGUACUACACGAUGCUGUCAGGCCCUUGGUUGAGGAAGACUUUCUCAGAAGAAUUGUUGUGGCAGCUAAGGAGAAUGGAGCAGCAGGAGCUGUGCGCCCCCUCAUCUCCACAGUGGUAUCUCCCACCAAGACUGACAGGAUGUUAGACCACUCCCUGGACAGGUCACAGUACCAAGCCAGUGAGAUGCCACAGGCCUUUCGCUAUCCAGCCAUCACGGAAGCCUACCAGAAGUGCAUCGACCACGAUCUGGACUUCGGAACGGAGUGUCUCCAUCUGGUACAGAAGUACGCGGGAGUCUCCGCCAAGCUUCUUCUUGGACCAUCUUCACUCUGGAAGGUGACGCUAAGGAAAGACUUGUACGCAAUCGAAGGAGUUCUCAAAGAGGAGCUCUGCAAAAAUGUAGUGAUUUUGUCUGACUGCAAGUUAUCAUUAUCACAGAGGCUACACAAGGGUAUUCAGGAGAAGCUAAGUUCAGAAGUGGUUCUUUUCAAUGAUCAGGAACAACUAGCAACCACCUGUCAAACCAUAACUACACUCAUUCUCACCAAGAGUUUUCCAUGUGACUUGGAGAAGACAAGGGACACUAUUAGCCAUGUUUUGGAGGGCACAACUGUAGGAGAUAGAAGUGUAUUAGUUCUACUUCUGUGUGGAGCAACUCCUGCGUUAGACACAAUGCCUCGCCUCUUCAUGUUUACUCAGGACAUUGCUGAGGAAACUAAGAAACAUUCCGUAAUCAUCAAUAGUGUCUAUGUAGAUAGCCAGGCAUCCAGUGAUGUUGGAGACAGGGCUGUAGCUAUGGUGAUUAGUCUUAUUCGUCAGAGAGACCCUGCAAUGAGUGGACAGGUGUUUGUAGCACAGUGAGCUAAAUACGGUACAUAUAGAAUUAAUCUCCAAGCAGAUGUUGGAGUAACAUCUAGGCUUUUCUGACAGAGAAAUGUUCUUUCACCCACACAGUUCAAUGGAAGAAAGUCAGACCUUUUUUAAAGCACAAUCACGCAACCCUUUAUAUCAUAAUCACUGUAUGAUAACGGUACAAUGAUGAUACCGGUAAGCAUAAUCAGGCAAAGAAAUUUUUUGUAGUUUUUAUUCAACUGCUUUGAUUUAGGAUAUGUAAUUUUGCUGAUAGUGUAGAUAAGUUUCUGAAUGUAGCAUUGACUUUUGAUAUAGCCAUAUAUACCUCACAGUUAUAAUUUGUAUUUUAAAAAAUUAACAUGUUUGUACUUUUGUAUUUAUUAUGCUGUUGAUAUUUUUAUUACACUAUUUAUGAGUCCAGCUAGUAACUGAUAAAGUCGUGUCGCUUAUUUAGCCAAAGGGAUGCAAAAAGCAGAAAGAGCUAAGUCAAAUUAUCUUUUGUUGAUAUGUUUUGUCCUGAGAUAAGGUUUCAUUUGCCAAGGCAACAGAGCCCUCUAGUGACAUAUUGCACCAAGCAUUGUAUAUUGUAUUGGCAAAAAAGUUUCCAACAACAGCUCAAAAGACUCAGGAAGAGAAGCUGUACUAGACUAGUAGAGUAGCUUGGAUGAAGUGAAGGUUGAUUGGUAGGCAUACUAAAUUGAAAACAGCACACAGUGUAAAUUUGAAGAGCACCAUUUUAUGCAACUCA